AUGUCUAGCUUGGAGCAAUUGCGAGCUCAUUUGGUGAAAAAGGAGCCAAUCACAUUUUUAAGCUCCGAAAACGGUGAGACGGAAGAUAUAUCGCAGGCAGACGAAGUUCUAUUAGGUUCUAAAGAUCGGGACCACAAUGUGAUAUUAAACCUGAAUGAAAAGACAGAAUUCCAAGUUGAUGGGAAUGGUGUGCCCCUCAAAGUAGUCCUGCAUUGUUGGCAGCAUCGAGAAUCGACCGCUGCUGAUUAUUUGGCCGAUUGCCAAUCGAAAAACCUGCUGAACAUUUCAUUUCUACAAAGAAUGGACUUGAUAGCAUGGCUAUCGGGCGAUGCAGCGACUUCCGAUUUCAUUAAUCCGCAAGAAACACCGGUGGCCGCGGCGAAGACUGCAUCGGCCAUUACAGCUACAAAAAGUGAUCCUAUUUUGGAAGAGGCUCUGGAACACGAAAAAGUAUUGUUGGACCACAACUCGUCGCUGAGGGGUUCGAAACCCACAAAUUUCGGCUAUUUGAUAAAAGAGGCAGAACUCAAGCUAGUGCAUUCACUGAAAAGCGCCAGUAAACGUAAAGCAGGUGACCGCAGCUCUGGUGGUAUCUCCAAGGCUGACAGUUCUGCAAGUGGCGGAAGAAAUGUGCCGAGAAAGGAACCAAUAAUUUUAAUACCAUCAGCGGCCUCGUCUAUCUUCACGAUGGCCAACAUUCAGCAGUUUCUGGAGAACUCGAAAUACGUACAUCCACGUGACCUACCAGGACCACAAUCAGAUGUUACUACUGUGACAAAGAAGCUGGAUCGGUUUGCCAAACCCGUGAAGUUCUUGAUCGCUAGCAAUACGCGGCUAUUCACGAAGCCAGAAUACUGGGACCGAGUGGUUGCGGUCUUCACUACGGGCCAUGCUUGGCAAUUCAACAAUUAUCAAUGGUCCGACCCGUCCGAACUGUUUCAGCGCUGCAAGGGUUACUAUUUUUAUUUUGCAGGCGACGUGGUUCCUAAACAUGUGGAGCAAUGGAAUGUUCAAAGAGUGGAGCUCGACAAGAACAAGCGGUUUCGCGAUGUGGAAGUAUUGAGAUAUUUCUGGAACACUAUGGAAAAGGAACUAGCGAGUCGUGGUUUCCAGUGA